AUGCCCCCCACGCGCAAUUUCGCAAUCCGCGCCGGGUUCCACGCACCCGGUAUCGGCCCGUACAAAGGCCAACUCCACGAGGACACCUUCACAGGCGCGUUACCUCGCCCCGACCGUCCUCACCCCGCUCUGCCCUCGCACGCUGCAGUGCCUCGAGAGCUCUGCGACCACAAACAGGUGCAAAUGCAAGAGCCCUGCGUGCAACCGGGCCCGCAGAUCCGCGCCCUCGUCCCCGUUGGCCACUGGGCACUUCGCGGCCCCGCGCAGGGUCUCGCGCGUGCACCGAUCCCGCCGUACCCACAAAGCCCGUACACAGCCUCCAGUGCAGCCUCGCCAGACGUCCCCGGCCCUCCUCCCUCGCGCACGCCGUCGCUAGCGCACUCCGGCUCGAGCACCAGCUCCUCGAGCACGCCCUCGAUGCCAGGCACCCCGGUCCACCCGGCGCACCCGACGGCCUUCACCAGAUCGUGGCUGCAACAACAACACGAAGGGCAGGCAGCUGAGCCACCCGUCUCCGGGGAGGCGCACAAGAGCGUGAGUGGCUCAGGCCUGGUUGCCAGAUAUGAUCAACAGCUAUACCACGCCCCCUUCGGCUAUGAGCUGGAAUCUGCCUCGCCGAACGUGCGCUACGAGCAAGGGCACCCGAGCCAGAGUUUUGUCCAGAUGGCCUACCCCCAAUUCGGAGCCCCAUCUCAUCCACACUGGGAUCCACGCAGCGCGCAUACCGCGCGCACUAGGCCUGUUCCGCAGGAUAUCCACACAACACUCCCUCCAGGAAUGCCACGCCCACAGCAAGUUCCGCCGCAACCGGCUCACUACUGGAUACAGCCGAGUCCCAGUCCCAGAGCACGCGGAUCGCACAGCGCCGCGCCGGCAUACCACCCGUACACCAGACAAGUGCCCCAGCGGUACCCCCAACACGGCCACGCGAACCGACCGUCGCUGCACCCCACACCCCAGCACUUCUACGCGCUCGCUCCACCACCUCCGUAUGCGCCGAUCCACCCCAGCGGGCAAUCCUGGCAUCCCCCGUCCACCUUGCUGGCCCAAGGCUACGGCCAGACGUUCCUCCCGAUCCCCCCUCCCCGUGGCUUCCCCCGUUCGGCGCACCCGUACCUCGCCGCCCCGAUCCCGCGCGCCCCGGUAUACUUCGACGAAGACUGCUACGAGAUCCCGCCUCCGCCGCCGCCGCUCUCCCCGCCCCCCUUCGUCCGCUCGCGCGCUCCAAGCCCCGCGGCCGUCCCGCUCGAGCACGUCGCACGCGUGCCCCGGCUCCCUACACCAUCUCCUGUCCACGACGCGCUCCCACCGCCGCCCACGCCCAUCGCCGUGGAGGUCGAGGUUGAGGUGAAGGCCGAGCUGCCGGACGAUGACGGCGGUGCGCUCGCGCCGGCGGCGGAAGCCGGCCAGGUGGUGAUGGACUGGUCCGAGAUCGAGGUGGACUGGGACGCGGCCUCGUAUGCGCUGUCGGAGGAGACGCUGCGGAUGCUCGACGGCUUCGUCGAUGGCUCGAAGCCAGUCGUGGACACGAGCACCUCGCUCCUGGAUGAACUCAACGGACCAUUGCUGUUGUGA